UUGAUUGAUUAAUUGUUAAAGAAUGGCAGUGGAGAACUUUGUGGUGGAAAGGUUUGAUCCUGAUGAGUACAUCAGACAGAAAGAUAAUGAAGAAAAGAUCUUGAAAAAAUUGAAGAAGAAGUUGGCCAAGAAACGAAAGCUUGCCGAGUCAGAAGGAAAACCAGAGGAAGAGAAGAAAGAAGAUGUAGAUGCUGCUGAACCAAAUAAGAAGAAAAGAAAGAAGAAGGAGAAGGAAAAGAAGGGGGAAACUGUUGUAGACACAGGGUUUACUGUUCUUGGUGAGGAAUUAUCAACAAAGAAGAAGAAGGUUAGUCGUGUACUCCCCUAUUGGUUGGCUAACCCUGAUAUUGCAGAAGUUGAUCUGAACUCUGAACAGUUAGCUGUCGACGAUAUGAAGGACCUGGAUGUGUCCUUAAAGGAGAAACUGAAGAAACGAGGAAUAAAAUAUUUCUUCCCAGUUCAGAGACAGAUUAUUCCUAUUCUCCUUGAGGCUGGUCAGCCUUCAUAUCUUAGACCGAAUGAUGUUUGUGUGUCGGCCCCAACAGGUUCUGGCAAAACUCUAGCAUUUGUUCUUCCAAUCAUUCAUUCACUUAAAUCCAGGAUGGUUCCUAAAGUUCGAGCUCUCGUAGUUCUGCCGACACAGGAUUUGGCUCUUCAAGUUUUCAAGGUGUUCAACAUUUUCUGUGAGGGAACAGGAUUACGUGUAAAGCUGCUGACUGGUCAGCAGUCGUUAUCACAGGAGCAGCAGAGUCUUUACAGAGUCGGUAGCACGGGUUUACUCCACCAGCAAGUUGAUAUCCUUGUUGUCACUCCCGGUAGACUGGCGCAUCAUAUCCGAGAUACCCCACAGCUAGACCUAACUGCGCUCAGAUACCUAGUGAUAGACGAGGCGGAUAGAAUGAUGUCCAAUAUGGCGGAUGAUUGGCUGAAUGUUCUGGAAUCAGCUGUUUACAGAGGGAAACGAUUACGGCCUGGACCUUUGAAUGUUGUAAAUGCAAGACAACAGAGUUUACCUCUGCAGAAGCUUCUGUUCUCCGCAACCCUGAGUCAGGAUCCUAUCUAUAGAUGCGUGGUCCCCGCGAAGACCCUGAGUGGAAAGGUGAAUACGGACGCGGACGAGAUCACCGAGUUCUCAAUCCCCGCAGAGUUGAAACAGUUCACCGUCAGGACGGAUCUGGGACGGAAACCUUUGGUGGUCAGUUUACUCGUGGAGAAACUUGAACUUAAAUCCGUCCUCGUCUUCACCAAGUCUAAUGAAUCCACUCACAGGUUAGCUCUAGUACUGAGUAAUCUAGGGUUCAGCUGUGCUGAGUUAUCUAGUGAUAUAAAGAUGAAAAGGAAGAAGGUUUUAUCUAAACUGAAAAAUGGAACUAUAAGAAUACUGGUCUGCUCCGAUGCCUUAGCACGAGGAAUUGAUGUAGAGAACUUGGAUGGUGUCAUUUCAUACGAUUGUCCUCAAUUCAUUAAAGCUUACAUUCACAGGGUUGGUAGAACAGGGCGAGCAGGCAGGUCAGGAGUAGCACUUACACUUCUAGAACCUACCCAGAGAAAAAACUUUAAAAAGAUGACCCUGGACGGUGGUAUAGCAAACAUUGAGGAAUACGAGGUGACCGAGGAAGAGUUAGAAGCGGGUCAGUCUGCCUUCAACGCAGCAUUGGAACAAACUAAGCGGCAAAUGCAGCAGGAACGGGAUGCUGAGCAUUCAACCAAAAAUUUCAAAAAGAAAUUUGCUAAUCCGUGAUUUCUUGAAACCCAAAUUUUUCCAUUUUUCAGA